AUGUCAAACAACGAUCAAUUAAUUUCAUACGCUGCAUUAAUCUUAGCAGAUGCUGAAGCACCAAUCACUUCAGAAGCUUUAUUAUCAAUCACAGAAGCCGCUGGUGCAUCAGUUGAUAAAUAUUGGGCUGAUAUUUUCGCUAAAGCUUUAGAAGGUAAAAAUGUUAAAGAAUUAUUAUUCUCAUUUGCUGCUAGUGCCCCAGCUUCUGCUGGUGCUGCUUCAUCAGGUGCUGCCGCUGGUGGUGCUGCUACUGAAGAAGCUGCUGCUGAAGAAGUUGAAGAAGAAAAAGAAGAAUCUGAUGAUGAUAUGGGUUUCGGUUUAUUCGAUUAA